UUUGCCAACCUUACUUGCUGCCACGACUACCUCGCCAUUCUAUCACCUAAACUACCUCUCACACUCUCCCCUACCGCCCUUUGUCGUCAGCGCCUCUUGCCCCCUCCCUUCCCCUCCCUCCCCCCUCCCUCCUAUCUCCACCGUCUUACAGUCCCCUGGAUUCUCGACGCCGCCUUGGUCGACUCAAUUCCAACUUCUCACGCCCGACUCGUUAUUCAAUUGACUCUUACCCUCUCCAGGGGCUUAUUUGCUCAAGAUGGCAGCCGAUAUGAGCGGCGAACAGAUGCAGGCCAAGAUCACUGCCGCCCGGCGCGAAGCUGAAGGUCUCAAGGACAAGAUCAAGCGCAGAAAGGAUGAGCUGGCGGAUACCACCCUACGUCAAGUAGCGCAAAAUCAGACUGAGACGCUACCUCGUAUCGGAAUGAAGCCCCGUCGCACACUCAAGGGCCAUCUCGCCAAGAUCUACGCUAUGCACUGGUCGACCGAUCGCCGCCAUCUCGUUUCCGCCUCCCAGGACGGAAAGCUCAUCAUCUGGGAUGCCUACACCACAAACAAGGUCCAUGCGAUUCCCCUGCGGUCAUCAUGGGUGAUGACUUGCGCCUACGCCCCUAGCGGAAACUACGUUGCUUGCGGUGGUUUGGAUAAUAUCUGCUCCAUCUACAACCUUUCAUCCCGUGAAGGCCCGACCCGAGUCGCGCGCGAGCUCUCGGGACACUCCGGCUAUCUCUCUUGCUGUCGCUUCAUCAACGAUCGCCGGAUCAUCACCUCCUCGGGUGAUAUGACUUGUAUGCUAUGGGAUAUCGAGUCGGGUUCUAAAGUGACCGAGUUCGCCGACCACUUGGGCGAUGUCAUGUCGAUCAGCAUCAACCCCACCAACCAGAACAUCUUCGUCUCCGGUGCGUGCGACGCCUUCGCCAAGCUCUGGGAUAUCCGGACCGGAAAGGCCGUUCAGACCUUUGCUGGACACGAGUCCGAUAUCAACGCCAUCCAAUUCUUCCCCGAUGGAAACGCCUUCGGAACCGGUUCCGACGACACCUCUUGCCGUCUCUUCGAUAUCCGCGCGGAUCGGGAGCUCAACACUUACCAGAGCGAUCAAAUAUUGUGCGGUAUCACAUCUGUUGCGUUCUCCGUUUCUGGAAGAUUGCUCUUCGCAGGUUACGAUGACUUCGAGUGCAAGGUUUGGGAUGUUCUUCGCGGCGACAAGGUGGGAUCUCUAAGCGGUCACGAAAACCGUGUAAGCUGUUUGGGAGUCAGCAACGACGGCAUCAGCUUGUGCACUGGAUCUUGGGAUUCCUUGCUCAAGGUGUGGGCCUGGUAAACCGAGAAAACGAACCAAAAAAAAAAAAAAAAAACCAGCAAAGAUACC